GUGGAGCGCCAUUUCUGUCACGUGACCACACCUUGGCUAUUAGCAACAAAAUCUGGAAGGAGGUUGUCCGAAACAGUGCUGGAUGCUGUUGAAAAUAGUGCCAUUUGAAGCUUCUGAUUCUUUGAAUUUUUGUCGGAGGGGUCUAGCAAGUGUCUACAACAUCUUCGGAACAAUUAUACAGGACUAUUAGUGUGGUAAUAUCGUUUGUUUGGCUGCUAAAUGUGGGUCGUGGUUUCCAUGUUGGCGAAGCUGGGGGAGGGACCAACCCAAGCAACCUUGUCAGCCCUUCCUUCCAGGUUAGACUGUCGUGCCGAGUGAGACGACAUCUUCAUGAUCUAGAUCGCACUGGAAUCGAUCAUAAUCCAGUUUCGCGAUAUCCCAGUAGGAUUCUUUUAUUAAUCAGAAGGACCCUAAGUUAACUCUUCAGCCGAGUUAACCCUAGGAGACUGCCAAAAUGUCCGCCGCCACAGGGCCCGUGACCGAUAAGAUAGAUCCGUUCAGCAAGAAACAGUCAGUCAAGAAGCCCAAACAGAAGAGAUCCCAGGCCUCCUCCCGGUAUAAGGCGAAGGGAGGGACGGAGCUGGUGCCUUUACCACAACUCAAAGACGCUCCCCCAGCCGAGCAGCACGAGCUCUUCAUCAAGAAGCUGCAGCAAUGUUCCGUCGUCUUCGACUUCAUGGACUCGGUGUCGGACCUGAAGGGGAAGGAGAUCAAGCGGGCCAGUCUGAACGAGCUGGUGGACUACAUCACAGCAGGCAGGGGUGUGCUCACAGAACAGGUCUACCCUGAAGUAGUGAAAAUGAUUGCUUCCAACAUCUUCAGAACAUUGCCUCCCAGCGAGAACACAGAGUUUGACCCUGAGGAGGAUGACCCAACGUUGGAGGCCUCCUGGCCUCAUCUACAGAUAGUGUAUGAGUUCUUUUUGCGGUUCCUGGAGUCUCCAGACUUCCAACCCAGCAUUGCAAAGAAGUACAUAGACCAGAAGUUUGUGCUGCAGCUGCUAGAACUCUUCGACAGCGAGGACCCCCGGGAACGAGACUUCCUCAAGACUGUCCUCCAUAGAAUAUAUGGGAAGUUCCUGGGACUGAGAGCAUUCAUCAGAAAGCAGAUCAACCACAUCUUUCUUAAAUUCAUCUACGAGACGGAGCAUUUCAAUGGAGUGGGGGAGCUGUUGGAAAUCCUAGGAAGCAUCAUCAAUGGCUUUGCAUUACCUCUGAAGGCAGAACACAAGCAGUUCCUGAUCAAGGUGCUGAUCCCCCUGCACAAGGCCAAGAGUCUGUCUCUCUAUCAUGCACAGUCUGCCUUCUUUACGCAGCUGGCUUACUGCGUGGUUCAGUUUCUGGAGAAGGAUGCCACGUUAACAGAGCCUGUCGUACGAGGCUUGCUCAAGUUCUGGCCCAAGACGUGUAGUCAGAAGGAGGUGAUGUUCUUGGGAGAGAUAGAAGAAAUCCUGGAUGUGAUUGAACCCUCCCAGUUUGUUAGGAUACAGGAGCCACUGUUCAAACAGAUCUCCAAGUGUGUGUCCAGUCCUCACUUCCAGGUUGCAGAAAGAGCGCUGUACUUCUGGAACAACGAGUACGUGAUGAGCUUAAUCGAGGAAAACUCCAACGUUAUCAUGCCCAUCAUGUUCCCAAACCUUUAUCGCAUCUCCAAGGAGCACUGGAACCAGACCAUCGUGGCUCUGGUCUAUAAUGUCCUCAAGACAUUUAUGGAGAUGAACAGCAAGUUAUUUGAUGAGCUGACAGCCAACUACAAGGCAGAGAGACAAAAAGAGAGGAAGAAAGAGAAGGAGAGAGAGGAGCUGUGGAAGAAACUAGAUGGUCUAGAAAUCAACGCUACAGUAAACAACAAGGAGGUGAAGUCUGUACCUCCCACAUCCACAAACACCCCCGUGGCUGGAGGCAGCCCUGCUGUGGGCACCAGAUAUGCCCCCUACUCCCCCACCGCCCACAGACUAAUGGCCAAAUAGUUCCCCCUUCAGUGGGUCUUUUGUCAGUACUUCAUAUGAAGGAUGAAAGGGAUUGAUGAUGUUUAGCAGGUGAUGUUUUGUGGAAAGAUUCAUCAUGUACUUGCCACUUCCCCGCUUCCAAACUAGUGUUCCAUUUGAGCUGAUGUGCAGCUACACAACUCUUUAGAUGCACCACGAACACUUGGGCUGACUUUCACUUGGUUGUUGAAUAUUGGAACUGGAUGGUGUGGACGAUUGCCAAUCAUCUUGUCUUUUGUUGUCUUCAUUUGGCACAUUUUAGCAGGAUCUUUUAGCUAAUUCACUAGUCCAAAAUAAACACAGUAAUGCCAGGGAUUUCAUGGUAUACUUUUCUCAGUAUCAUGUCUUGGAAACCUGUGCAUACAAUGUACCACAAAAGCCUACAUCUGCAUUUAUCAUGUUGAACACGUUGUGAUUGUUGAGGGUUCACACUGCGGUGCUUUUUGUUUCCUAUAUCUCAUCAGGAAUUCUUAUAUAACCAGUUGGUGUUGUUAAGAGUUGUGUCACUGGACCAUUGAAAGCUCUGGAGAAUGUCUUCAUGAAAAAGGGCACUAACUACUGAUGUUAGUCCUCAUGUUUCACUAGUUAUUGGUUUGUUUUCAUGGAUGGAGACUAAGCCACUGUUUAUCAGAUUUUUACGCAAGAGAAUGAAGUAUGAACACCACUGAAUAUGGAAAAUUGAAUUGAUUGUAGUUGAAUUUUAGUCUGCAUUUUACCACUUCCAGCCCGACCUGUUUUAAUCAAAAACCCAAAGAAUCAGUCUCCAUAUUAGUCUGUUAAAACAUGUAGGUAGUACUGUAACAGAAGACUACCUUACUCAGGUCACGGUUUAGCAAUAGAUACUGGUUGUCUAUAAAGCAAAGAGAGAGUGACAAUAAAAAUAUCCUACUAACGUUGCUUGUUUAUCCACAUGACUGUGAACUGACCAUAGAAAUUAUAACAUUCACUGCUGCAUAUUUCCAACAAUUCCUUAGGAAAUUGUCCGUGCGGCCCCAGUUGACUCACUUCACAUGUCAGACCUUACUUAACUCCCUGUACAUGUUUGCCUAACCGUACAGGUAUGUGUGUGUCCUCGUGGUUGUCAUGACAACAAAGACAACUCUUGUCUUCAGCAAGAACUGUUCAGUCAGGCUCAUACAGUGGUGCUUCGAUAACAAGACAUCGUACUCAUAUGCAGAUACAUAAAUAUGCAUAACGAAGUCGUGUAGCAAAAUUUCUGGCCAUCCUUGUAGACGUCAAGGACAGACCAGAUUUUCAGUGUAGGUUCAGUGGUGUUAACAUGAAAAAAAACAUACAUGUAUUAACAAAAAUGGACAAUAUAUUGGUAGAAAUGGAAGGUAGAAACAAGUACUUGAUAAGCUUUCCACAAGGUUUAUCAAGAAUCCCUCGGGAAUCUUUGUCCUCUUUGUUGAGGAAUGUUUGGUUUGGGUGGUAAGGUAGUUCUGUGUAUGUGUACAUGUAAGAUAUGUACAAUACUGUUCCUAUGUACCCGUGCUUGGAUUUAUGUGGGCCAUGUUAAACUGUGCCAGAUAUAGGGGAGGGGUGAGGGGAUGUGUUCCACUUCAUUUAACUAUUUUUUUGUGUCAGUUUCAUAAAUUAGCGGGUUCGUUGUGAAGAUUUAUAUCAUGACAUAGUGUUGACAUUGACGUCAUCCAAGGCAGUUGUUGUUGCACACUGCAGAAACGUGUGCAGCACACUGUUGUUGUACAGCUGCUUCUAGCUGCAAGCCUCAAUUCAUAACGUAUUGUUGUUAAAGUUGAACGUGUAUAGAAAUUUUUGAUGCUUUUUAUCCACACCAGGUGCAUCUUAGAGCAUGCUGGGGAGGAGGGACUUAUAAACAGGAGAAUUUAUCAAGUCAAAGGUGGAUGUUUGUGUUGUGCCAUGACAGGAGUUUAUAAACAGCAUCCAUCUGGUUAAAAAUACGGUAUCCUCAUUUUUCUACAACAUUUUUGAAAAAUGCCUUUUCCCAGAAUGCUCUAUGAUAGGCUGGUUGUUUGUGUAUGCCCUAGGACAGUCUAUAAAGACAAUCAAGCUCUUUUGUUACUAAGUUAUAUGAUGUUUACACAUAUUGUAUAUUGAUAUAGGGGUGAAUGGUUGGUUAUGUAUAUCAAAAUGGUGAGAAUAUCAAUUUGCGUUCUGUAAAUAGUUAUCUAUUUAAAUUUAAUUUUUGCAUUGGGAAACAUGACAAACAUGGUGUACUCAUAGAUGCUUAGUGUGCAUUUUCCCUUAAUUUUUGCACCUGUCUAGCGAUUUUGUUCAUUGCACGUGCGUGAGUUGUUGAGAAUCUCCUUGAAAAAUGUAUUGUGCACCUUCCAGACUUAGCCACUGAAGAAGAAAAUAAGACACAUGAUUGUUCUAAGCAAGACAUGACAUUUCAAGGAAAUGACCAGUCAUAAGUAUGGUGUUUUCUUUCCCAUAUAUGGUAUAUUGUUGUUGGAGGCCAUGUCAGUAGACUGGGUCACAUGACAGGUCUUGUGCCCAGGAUGGCAGAUCUUGUGUCCAGGAUGUCUGUCUGUGCUCUACACAGAAACACAGUCUGCAGUACGGCAUUGAUUGAUCAUUCCUGAUUGGUAUGCACAAAAUUUUCUUGUCACUUGCAAUUAAUAAAAGAAAUGACCUAUUGGUA